CCUCUGGUUCCGUUUCCGUCUUUGAGCCAGCUUUUGUUGAGCGUAGUUUAGCCAUGGUUUAGCGUUUAGCGUGAACGCGGCGGAAAGCAGAAGGGGUUUGCGCUUUUUCCGCUGUGAUGUUGCAUGACGUUUGUACAAAAACUUAAAGCUUGAGUAGAAAUGGACGCCAGGAUACCACUGCCUGUGGAACCAUUACCCCAUGAGACAGACGACAAACGAAUAUGGGUCGGAAACCUUGACAGCCGUCUGACCGAGUUUCAGCUCAUUAAAGUACUGAAGAAGUAUGGCAAUGUUAAGAAAUUUGACUUCCUCUUCCACAAGGCUGGUCCUCUGAAGGGCCAUCCCAGAGGCUACUGCUUUGUCACUUAUGAAACCAAAGAACAGGCUGAACGUGCUCUGAGCUGCUUGCAUGGAAAACUGGUUUUCUCAAAGACACUUGUGGCAAAGUGGGCCAAUAACGUCCCAAGUGUUGACCUAGCAACACGAAGGCAAGGCUUAAGUCUUGGAGUUGCAAAGAAAGAGCAGAAGCCAGUUCCCAAUGUAAACAGCCAGAUUCACGCAAUUGAAGCCAAGCUGCGAGCCAUGGAAAGGGACAAAGAGAAAGACUUAGGUCAGUGCUUGCUCGCUACACCCCCUGCCCCAUCACACCUUGCAGCAGUGAGGCAGCCCAUGAUCCAGUACCAGCCAAGAACAUACAGGCGGCCCCAGAAGAUGUCAAGAUGACAUUAUACCACUGUGCUGCGUGUAUAGUACAGUAGCACUGCAACAUGGAAUCUUGUCACCUCACCCAAAACUUCCAUCUUCAAAUCAUUUUUCAGCAUUUGAUUGUACAAAAUCAGACCCUCUAUUCGUUGCUUUUUACAGCGUGGCCUGUAAAGAUCUCCCUCAAUAUGUGCUCAUGUGCCCCUGGACUCGCUUUGCAUUGUGACUUGAGGAAGCUGGGACAAUAAAGAUACACUAAAAGUA